GGAGGACUGGGAUAAUGCGGUGGGAUUCACGGGAUCGUUCUGAGAAUCUUCGAGUCAUGCCCAAAUCGAGGAAUAUAUUCUCCAAAUGAGCGAAGCUAUUGACGAUUCAGCCACGACUACCUAGAAUACGGGAGCUGUUGAGGGAAGAGCCAACCAUGGAAAUGUAGAGGCCCGAAAUAGCCUAGCCGAACCGAUGCACACAGCCAGUCGAAUAUAAAACCAGAUGUCGUCAUUCCAUGCUUUUUCUACACUCCUUUGCACCUCUCGUCACCGUCGAAUUUGUGGCAAAAUGCAUGCACAGCUUGCCUUCCGUCACCAGCUCACGGAAGCUCUGAUAAGCAGCAACGCAAAGCUCGAUGGGUGCGUCUUCAUACGUACAUACGCCUCCUCGCCCGCACAACUAAUCUCUUCUUUUCUUAGACUCCUUGAUGAGCGCAAUGCCGCACUCGCUGCCGCAGGUACCAAGGACAAGUGGAAAGCCGUCAGCAUCCAAUCCUUCGACGGGCUCUCUGAAGCCGCUCUCAACUAUUCGCAAGCGUACCAUCGCGUAUUCGCAGUCCGCUUGCUACAGCUACCCCGCGAGCUGCGCGACAUGAUCUACACGCAUCUUUGGACGUCGCCGUGGCCGUUGCAUAUCCGCUCCUACGGAAUGUACUGGGGCCCGCGGCAUACUUGGACAUCGAACUGCGCAGGUCCGCCGUGCACCUGCCUCCGGUCUCUCCCGCCCAUGGUUGAUCUCAACUUCGUCGGCGGCCAGGUCGCUUACGAGUGUCUGCAGAGCUUCGCGACGCUGCCACGUGCGGCGGUCCGUCAGCUCGUCUUUGAGAGCUCGUUGUAUACGCGGAGUGUCGUGGUUCGCGGCGAUGUCGAGGCCUUCGUGGCGGGCGAUCCGUUCCACGUCGGUCUGUGGCCCUGGGACGUUUUCAAGAAGUGGGAUCUGCGGAUAAAACUAGCGGGGUGUCUGUACACGGACGAGAAAGCGUGGGAUGCUGUCACAGACCAGGUGAGCAGCCGGUUAGACGCGGGUAUAGAUGCACUCUUAUUCGCACCCCCCGUGGAAAGUAGGAGGGAUAUCGUCUUUGAGAUCGAAGAUGAGAGCGGGAGUAUCGCGGUCAAUAUACAGCACGUCCUGGGGAUCAUCAGGCGCGGUUAUCGCGGCCUGCGAAGCAAGGGUUUUGAUGUGCGGCUGGAGUACCACAACUCCGCCCUGUUCGUUGAAUGGGAUCUCGGCGAGGAGGUGCUCGACCGGGCGCCGGGCGAGUGGAGUGCUAAUAUGCACGGUGAAAACCGAAGGAUCGAUUGGAUUUCUCCAGUGCACGUUUCCUUACCGCAGAACUUUCCAUCCGGUUGCCAACUGCAGCUGCAGAAGCCGAUUUGGAAUGCUAUUCGUAGGCUGUUCUUCGAGGCGCUUCCAGAGGUGGAUGAUGUCGUCGCGGACGAGGAGUACUGAGGUUGUCGUGGAGGAGCUCCUUGGCUUAGGUUCGUGCUUUGGAGAGCAGAUAUCAUACCUUAGCCUAGGCAAUGGGGAGGUCGUUCUGAAGUACCUUGGCAAUGGAACAGAGUUGAGCAGGCAUGCUCACAUACCAUCUCUCAUAGAAGAUAGCUGCGGCUAUGCCCGGCCAAGUUCGUCGACGUACGCAACCACAACGUUCUGGAUGCGCGUUCACUUUGCCCUGGUUGAAUA